CUCCUUCGGACACCAGCUCCCCGCCUCCCUCCAUCACCCUCGGAGCUGGAGGAGGAGGGUCUCCUUUCGACUCACCUCCCUCCCUCGUCCCGCCCCUUCUAAAGUUUUUCCCCCGGAGAACUUUUGUUUUGGUCCAGUGAGCGGGCAGGAGGCAAAUUCCGUCGAGGCGGCGGAGCGUCUGGAGGCUGGCGGCGGCGUCCGAGGGGAGACAGACAGACAGACCGGAGGCUUCUGCGGAACGGGGGAUCCGGGGGGUCAGGGGUCCUCCUCGAGUUCUCAGGUCGGGCUCCUGCCAAGCCUGCCCACCAUGCGAGGGUUUCUGGGGCUCCUGCUGCCGCUGUGGCUGCUGCUGGCGCCGGCCUCUUCCUCCGAAGAUCCUGUUGAAGGGAUAAUCUCUGACUUGUUGUCAUCUUCAAAAUCAAAUUCACCUUCAAAAGAUUCAACAGGUGUACAUCGGUUACCACGUUCCUUUCUAGUCAAGAGGAACACUAUUUCCAGAACUGAUGCAUCAACACAUUAUGUGGAAUCCAGUACUGGGAGUGCAAAUAAGUUUGCCUCUGGUGAACAUCUUCAGUCCAUUAAAUUUAAUCCUACAGUCAGAAACAUAGUAAUUGCUGAACAUACGGACAUCAAAUUUAAUUGUUCCAUCAAUGUCCCUAAAUCGCUAAUCAACCAAGACUCUGCAAUGAUUUCCUUGUGGAAAAACGGGAAGGAGCUGCUUGAUGCUGACAGAAUGGCCAGCCAGUUUUACCAGUUUCAUGACAAUGAAGUAAUCAAUAUGAUCUCUACUUUCAGCUUAGUCAAAGCCCAGCGUUCCGACAAUGGGUCCUACAGUUGCAAGCUGAAAAUCAACAGUGAUGAAAUAGUGUCAGACCCUAUUUUGGUUCAGUUGGAAGGCCUGCCACACUUCAUUCAGCAUCCCCAGGGGAUGAACGUUACCCAAAACAAGCCUUUCAAUCUCAUGUGCCAUGCAGUGGGGCCUCCUACGCCUGUUGUGAUUCGCUGGUUUUGGAAUAGCAGCCAAAUUACUGAGAAAGAUGACCCUUCUCCAGCUGUCUUGACUGUGCCAGGUCUGAAUGAAACUGCUGUUUUCUAUUGCGAAGCUCGUAACAAGAAGGGAGUAACCACAUCAUCUGAAGCACGAAUCAAUAUAAAAGGAAUCCCAUUCUCACCUGCUAAGGUGAGCGUGCUGAGUCAAACAGGUGACACAAUUGUAGUCUCUUGGAUCCCAGGUUUUGAUAGUUAUUCUCCUUUGAGCAACUGCAGCAUUCAGGUGAAGGAUGCUAUUCCACCAAGUAAUGCUUCUGUUAUGAAUUUUAACACUUCCACGCCCCCUCAUCUGUAUCAUAUUCAGAAUCUGCAACCUAUGAAGGAUUAUGAAAUCCGUGUUUCUUGCAUGAAUGAAGUAGGCUGGUCUGGCUUCAGCCCUUGGAUUAGGGCCAGGACAACAGAAGGAGCUCCAUCUGCUCCACCUGGGAACGUCUCUAUAUCAAUCAAUGAGUCCAGCUCUUCCGUAAUAAUCACAUGGACCCAACCCCCAUCUGGACUCAUGAAUGGUGAACUUCAAGGCUACCACAUAUCCCAUGUCUGGCAGAAUGGUAAAGUGUCUAAUCUGUCUUCUGACAUCAGCAAAGAUACCAAUGCCAUCCACAUUCAUUUUGUGGCCACUAAUUCCAGUUGCAUUGUGCGAAUAGCAGCAGUCACAAAUGGAGGAGUUGGGCCGUUCAGUGAUCCAGUGGAAGUUUUUAUUCCAGGAAACAGCCUUAUAUCCACUGCACCUUCUUCAACUCCAGAAUCUGGAAACAAAGAUUCAUUUACGAUUGUCCUUGGAUUUAUAUGUGGAAUUGUUGCCGUUGGGUUAAUACUGUACGUGUCUGUGAUUAUCAGAAAAAGAUUGACGGAGGAGACCAAGUUUGGGUACGCUUUCAGCAGUGAUGAGUCAGAGUUGGCCGUAAACUACAAAGCAAAGAAGUCCUACUGCCGCAGAGCUGUUGAACUGACGUUGGGCAGUCUUGGUGUGAGUGAGGAGCUGCAGGAGAAACUUCAGGAUGUUGUGGUUGUCAGGAACAACCUGGCUCUGGGGAAGAUCUUGGGAGAGGGAGAGUUUGGAUCAGUCAUGGAAGGAAAUCUCAGCAAUCCUGAUGGAACCACUCAGAAAGUAGCUGUGAAAACCAUGAAGUUGGACAGCUUUUCCCAAAGAGAAAUUGAAGAGUUCCUCAGGGAAGCCGCAUGUAUGAAGGACUUUGAUCAUCCAAAUGUCAUCAAACUUCUCGGUGUGUGUAUAGAGCCGAGUUCUCAGCAGGUUCCAAAGCCCAUGGUGAUCCUCCCAUUCAUGAAAUACGGGGAUUUGCAUAGUUUCCUGCUUCGCUCAAGGCUCGGCAUGGGCCCCCAGUAUGUACCUCUACAGACUUUAUUGAAGUUUAUGAGCCAUAUUGCUCUAGGAAUGGAAUACCUCAGUAGCAGACAAUUCCUCCAUCGAGACUUGGCUGCUCGGAACUGCAUGUUGCGAGAUGACAUGACCGUGUGUGUGGCAGACUUUGGUUUAUCCAAGAAGAUUUACAGCGGAGAUUAUUACCGGCAAGGGCGCAUUGCCAAGAUGCCCGUCAAGUGGAUUGCGAUCGAAAGUCUCGCCGACCGAGUCUAUACAACGAAAAGCGAUGUGUGGGCAUUUGGUGUUACAAUGUGGGAGAUUGCAACCAGAGGGAUGACUCCAUACCCAGGAGUGCAGAACCAUGAAAUCUACGACUAUCUUCUUCACGGGCACAGGCUGAAGCAGCCAGAAGGCUGUUUAGAUGAGUUGUAUGAAAUAAUGUGUUCUUGCUGGAGAGCAGAUCCUAUGGACCGUCCCACCUUCUCAGAACUGAAGCUUCACCUGGAGAAGCUGUCGGAAAGUUUACCUGCCCUGAAAGAACCCGAGGAUGUCAUUUAUAUUAACACAAGUCUGCUGGAAGAAAGCACAGAAGAGGUGACAGAAGACACUGAGUUUCCCCAGAUAGACACAGACCUUGAUCCUCACCUCAUCAUAGAGUCCUGUUCCCAGAGACCAGAGACCACAGUGGUCACAGCUGAUGUGCAUGAGAGCAAUGGGACUGGAGACCGGUACAUUUUAAGCGGGGUUAGCGAGGAACACAUCGCCAGCCUGGGGAAAAGGGAAGAGGAAGGUACACCUCUGCUCCAGCACACCCUCUCACAGUAUGGGAUGCUUUACUCUCAAGCGAGCACACUGCCCGUAGGAAGCAUGCUGACUGAUGAACUACUAUUCGCUGAUGACUCUUUGGAGGACUCUGAAAUUCUGCUGUGAAGAAGAAGAAAUGAGACUUUGAUGAGUUGGAGAUCGGAGCUCCUUCUUGGCCAGAAAUGGAGGACUUUCCACUCAUCUUGUUCUUAUACAAAGCCAGUCUUGUGUAAUAAGCUCUCCCAGUCUUGUACAGCAAGUGACUCUAGGAGCCAUGUUCUGUGUAUUUGUAUAAUACAGUAUCUUUAUAGAGAUUAUAUUUUAAUAAAUAACACCCCUGUAAGAUGGUCCAUUU